AUGGCCUGGAAAAACGACCGCACUUGUCGAAACAGGAUUUGGAGCAGUCAUUAUUAUUGUUACUACCACUGCUGCCGUUCUGAAGGGGAUGUCCGCGGCCUCGCGGGAUGCUCAAGGAAAGAGCGCAGUCGCUCGCCCCUGCUGCUGGUGCGGCCCCUCACCGUGGUCUUGGGGCAAAGCAGUCGGGAAGGCGGCGAGAAAACCGGUGGGAAGACCGUCACCAAAGACCCUGCAAGCAAGAGCCUCUCUCAAAUCUGUGGCCUCGGCAAGUGUGACAAUUUAUACCAAAUGACCUCCCAGCUCGAAUGCAUGACCUGGAACCAGAUGAACCUGGGCUCCACACUCAAGGGCCAUACAGCAGGAUACGAGAACGAGAACCACAGCGCUCCGAUGCUGUACAGCUGCGGGGCCCAGUACAGGAUACACACCCACGGCGUGUUCAGAGGCAUACAGGAUGUCCGACGAGUGCCUGGAGUGGCUCCAACGAUCGUCCGAUCGGCGGGCGAGACGAACGAGAAGCGGCCCUUCAUGUGCGCGUACCCCGGCUGCAACAAGCGCUACUUCAAGCUGUCCCACCUGCAGAUGCACAGCAGGAAGCACACUGGUGAAAAACCCUAUCAGUGUGAUUUUAAGGACUGUGAACGAAGAUUUUCUCGUUCAGACCAACUCAAACGGCACCAAAGACGACACACAGGUGUGAAACCCUUCCAGUGUAAAACCUGUCAGAGAAAGUUCUCCAGAUCUGAUCAUCUGAAAACUCAUACCAGGACUCAUACAGGUGAAAAGCCUUUCAGCUGCCGGUGGCCCAGCUGUCAAAAAAAAUUUGCCAGGUCUGAUGAAUUAGUUCGUCAUCACAACAUGCACCAGAGGAACAUGACUAAGCUGCAGUUGGCUCUUUAGACAGUUCAAACAAGGGAAUAAACCAGAUGGGACAUUAUGAGCUACUGCAAACUUUCUCAGCCAUCUUCAGUCACCUCUGUCAGAAAGCUGCGGCUGUCUUCUCAACGCACUUGGCACAAGUUAACUAAACCGUAGGAUUCUGCUCAGCCUUGUCUUCCAUUUUGACUUAAAAAAAUUUCCUAUUCAAUAAGUUCAAGAGAUUUUUAUUUGUAACUUUGCUAAAAAGUGAGCAGGAUUGCCACAGUUUCAAUAU